AUGGACCUGAUGCCACUGAAAAGGGAGAUUCAAGAAUAUCUGAUUGAGAACCAUAACGACUUCAUACCUACAGAAAGUGAAUUCAUUUGCUCGCAGACUAUGAUGAGCUCACAAAAGGCUGCUCAAACAACAAAGACCGCACAUCCUCUCAAAUGCGACCAGUGCGGGAGAGGUUUUACUAAAAAGGGACACCUCAGAAACCACAUGAGGACUCACAAUGGAGAGAGCUCUUUCACCUGCCAACAGUGUGGAAAAGGUUUCACUCAAAAGUCAAACCUCAGAAACCACAUCAAAAUUCAUAUCGCGAAAAACGCUUUGACCUGCCAACAGUGUGGCAAAUCUUUCAGUAAUAAAGACUACCUUAAACGACACAUGAGAUGUGGGAAGAGCUACACAAGUCGGAGUAACCUUAAAUACCACAUGAAUGUUCAUGCAAAUGAGAACAGUUUUAUGUGCCAUCACUGCGGAGUGCGUUUCAGAAGAAGCGCUCAACUGAAGACUCAUGUAGAAACCCACAUCGAACUGGUGCCUUUAAUGUGUCGUCAGUGUGGAAAAACGUUCUCAACAAAAGAAAACCUCGAAGUUCACAUGAGAAACCACUCUAAGGAAAGACCUUACACCUGUCAACAGUGCGGGAAGCGUUUCAUCCGGAAUGCAAGUCUUAAAGAGCACAUGAUAAUUCACACUGGAGAGAAGCCACACAUCUGCCAACAUUGCGGGAAAAGCUUCUUUCGAAAAGCAUACCUUGAUAUCCACAUAAGGGUUCACACCGGAGAAAAACCGUACACCUGCCAAGAUUGUGGAAAGAGUUUCAUCCGGAAAGCACACCUUAAUACCCACGCGAAAGUUCACAGUGGGGAGAAACCUUACAGUUGUGAACUUUGCGGGAAGACCUCCUAUCGGAAAGAAGACAUUAAAAGGCACAUGAGAGUUCACACCGGAGAGAGGCCUUAUCGCUGCUCCAAGUGUGGAAAGGGCUUCACAUGUACAAGAAGCUUAAGGAGGCACACAAAAAUCCACCUACUGUAG